GGUACAGUUUCUUUCGACUGGCUCGAAGAAAUGGCUCCAACCGUGAAUGAGAAUGGUCAAAACAGCCAGAAUGGUAGCCGAGGCUGGCUGAGUGAACGGGAUCUGCUUGAGGCAAUCAAUGAGAUGGGCUACAACGUUUCACCGGAUGAGCUGACUGCGUUACGAGAUGAUAUCGAGCAAUUCAUCGAAGAAGAAGACCGCAAUGAGCAUAACGAUGACGAGACCAAUGUUUCAUUCUCAUCAUUGCGAUUUCCGGAUGAAUUGCGCGAUAAUGGAAGAAAGAAAGGGCUGAAUAAUAAGAAACAUCUGAAUGAUGAUAAUGAUGAAUUGCUGAGCAGAUUUCGUUCGUUGAAUAACGCUGAACUGCUACACGAACGUUGUGCAAAAUCGAGCACUGUGGCUGAAAGAGCUGGUGCAGAGUGUGACAAUAAAGAGGAUGAUAGUGAUGAUGACGAGUUGGACAGGAAUGCAAUAUCAGAUCUUAUUUACGAAGGAUAUCGUUGUUUUGAGAAACUUAUCGCAGACAAUCAACGAAUCACUCAGUUGACCAAACAGGUGGGCUUAAAAAAGGAGACGCAGGCAGAUGGAAGGAACGAAGUUGGCGAAGGUGUUGGUUACAAGAGAACAUCUGAGGAAGGUGAAGAAAAAUAUGAGUACGAAUGGCCAUCGUUGCCAGUGUAUUCAACGCCAAGUGAUGAGAAUUUCUGUCAACGAUCUCCUCCUCCGGCCGUCGAUCCUUGUUGGUUUCCUUUCAUUAUGAGGUUUCCGUGA